AUGUUCGAGAAACAAAUUGUAACCUUUGCCCGAGGCUUGGGCGAGGAGCCCCUCAACCUGGUCGAGGCGACCAUUGUGGUGGAUGAAUCGGAUCCAAUCGGCGUACACAUCGCGGCACAGAAUCUUGCUAAUGACUUCGGCCGGGUGACCAAGUCCGAGCCGAAGUCUCUUCUGGUGUCUAAGGGAAACGAAAUCGACACCGACCUUGGUGCGGAUAUCGCAAUCAUCGUUGGGUGUGUCGAGUCGAGUCGCCUGCUGCAGCGAUUGGAGAAGGAUGGCAAGCUGAACUUCGAGAAAAUUCACGGGAAGUGGGAGUCUUUCAUCACAGCCCCUGUUGCCAACCCUUUCCCGGGCUGCCGGAAAGCGCUUGUGAUUGCAGGGAGUGACAAGCGAGGAACAAUAUUCGGCUCUUACACAUUGUCGGAGCAGAUUGGUGUCUCUCCCUGGUAUUUCUGGGCAGAUGUACCUCCCAAAUUUCACCCAGAGAUCUUUGCUGUUCCCGAGCCUACACACCAUGGGGAGCCAAGCGUGCGAUUUCGAGGCAUCUUCAUCAACGAUGAGGCACCCGCACUCACUGGAUGGGUUAGAGAUAACUUUGGAGGAUACAACUCAAAGUUCUACAAGCAUGUGUUUGAGCUUUUGCUGAGACUCAAGGCAAACUUCAUGUGGCCGGCUAUGUGGCCCGGCUACCCCAACCCAGGCGCGACUUUCUUCACAGACGACUCGGAGAACGCGAAAGUUGCCAACGACUAUGGCAUCGCUGUUUCAACCUCCCACCAUGAGCCCAUGCAGCGAGCUACGAACGAGUGGUUCGCAGACAACCCGGACGGCAGCUGGAACUGGCUUACGAACAAGGAGAAGAUUACCGAGUUCUUCGAGGAGGGAGUGAAGAGAGCAAAGGGUCUCGAAUCCUACUUUACACUUGGAAUGCGGGGCGAAUAUGACAAGGGUAUGAAGACUGAUGACCCGGCGGCUGUCGUCCGUGACGUGAUCAAGACGCAGAGAGCACUUAUAAAAGAGGUUCAUGGGCGAGAAGACGCAGUUCCUCAGCUUCUGGCGUUAUACAAGGAGGUACAAGACCAGUAUGAAGGAGGAACUAUUGAGAUUCCUGACGACGUCACCUUACUUUUCGCCGACGACAAUUUUGGCAGCAUCCGACGCCUCCCCUCAGAGAAAGAACGAGAAAGGAAAGGGGGUGCAGGUAUUUACUAUCAUUUUGAAUACGUGGGAACACCUCGGAGCUAUAAGUGGAUCAACAGCAACUCACUGGGUAAAACAUGGCAUCAGCUUCAAGAGGCCCAUCGGAGGAACGCGAAGCAGAUCUGGGUCUUUAACGUCGGCGACAUCAAGCCCAUGGAAGUCCCGCUCACUUUUGCCAUGACCCUUGCUUGGGACAUCGACUCCAUAAAAGCAGACAACUUCGCCCAGUUCUACCAGUCAAUGGCCGAAGUCAACUUUGGCCAAGAUCUGACAAAAGCCGUCGCCGACGUGUGGCAGAAGUAUGAUCGACUUGCCGCCUUGCGCAGGCACGAACAUAUCGAGCCAACAACAUUCUCACUCUUGCACCAUAACGAAGCAGAGAACGUCGUAGGUCGCUGGCAGUCCCUCCUGGAAGCCGCCGAAACGAUUCAUCAACACGCACCGGAAGAACAUAAAGCCGCUAUAUUCCAGACGGUUCUGCAUCCGGUCAAGGCAUCGUACAUCUUCACCAAGCUCCAAGUGACCCUGGGACGGAAUCAGCUCUACGCCCGACAACGGCGCAACACGGCAAACAAGCUUGCUCGCGAAGUUCUUGAUUUAUUUGACGAUGACUACACGCUGACUGAGGAGUUCCAUGCUCUGCUCGGAGGCAAGUGGAACCAUAUCAUGCGGCAAACGCACUAUGGCUUCGGAGAUACCUGGCAUGCACCGUCGCGGGAUAUGAUCAGCGGCCUGUGCUACGUCCAAAGGCGGCAGAACUCAAAUCCAAUUGUCGGGCAGAUGGGGGUGGCGGUCGAGGGCCACGAAGGCGUCCGGCCUGGAAGAAUCAAUGAAGAGUCUGAAAGGACACACCCCAGCCGUCGGGAUCUUGUGCCCGGAGUUACUCUUGGACCCAUCAGUCGAUAUGGGCCGGUCAAAAGGUGGUUCGAUAUCUUUACGAGAGGAGCACAGAUCAUUCACUGGAAAGCCACGACGCCGUAUGACUGGCUGCAGUUGUCAGCUACUGAAGGCACACUUGAUCCCGAUGGCGGUGAUGCACGGGUUGAAAUCAAUGUCAGCUGGAAGGAAGUGCCGAAUGACUUCGAACAAGAGGUUCUGAUCGAUAUUCGAUCCGAAGAAGGCGACUUUGAACAGGUCCAUCUUGUCAUCACCGGGAGACAAGUCCCGGACUCUUUCGAUGGCGGUUUCGUCGAAGCAGCUGGAUAUGUGUCCAUCCCAGCGGCACACAAUCCUCCAUCAGGUUUCCGAGUGCUUCCAGACUGCGGCAAAACGGAAGCAGGGGCAAUUUCCGUGAUCGAAGCAGCCACCGAUGUGGCUCCUCAGCUCGAGUGCAGGUUCUAUGUGUUCUCGCGCACAGAAACUCCCGCCUUGCUUCUAUACUUCAACAUGACACUCGACCUUGAUCCCGCUGAUCCGAUGUCAUACGAGUUCCAAGAGAUCUUCCUGAUGGGUGGUUUCAUGCGGUUCAGGAUUGUAGUUGGCUACGAACUCAUGAACUGA